ACUUUUCCAAGCUAUCCUGAUCAUUUUUCGUCUUCACUCGGAAAGUUGCAGCAAUCCAAAGUGUCUCUAAAGUCUUCCUCUAGUCUCUCCCCCCUCCUCUACGUCCCUCUUCCAGGUACACGCCCUUUGACUUGUCAGUGGGGAAAAAAAAAAAAGUUUUAAGGAAAGCAAAAAUCACGGAAGAAGACUUUGCAGUCCUUCUAGUUUGGCAAGUGCGUGGACUCAAAAGCGGGAGUCGUUGCCGCGUAAAAGAAGACACACAAAGACACUUUUGUGCAAUUUUCCAAGCUUGGUUUUACACGAGAGCGGGGUCAUGGAGGAAGCCAUUCAGACGGUGGUCAAGGUCUUCCUGAAGUCCGGCAAAGGGAAGGACAGUCUCGGCAAGAAAGACUUCCAGAGUCUGGUCAAGAGCCAACUCAGCAACAUCCUGUUGGACACCGACAGCAAGGAGGCCAUCAACAACAUGGGCCAGGGCCUGGAUGCCAACCAGGACGGCAAGGUGGGCUUUGAGGAGUACCUGAAUCUGGUGGGCUUCCUGGCCAAGUCCCUCAGCGAGCAGCGGAGUCGUGCCAAGGACCAGCCCGCCCAGAACGCGGCGGUGCAAAGCUCGCCCGAGGGAGAAACCAAGGUGGCGGUGAAAGCGGAAGCCAACGGCGACGGCAACCUGGACGCCAAGGCAGACGGGAAGGUGGAGGUGAAGAUGGAAGCCAAGGUGGAGGAGGCCGAGAAGAAGGUGGCGCCCGAAGAGGAGAAACCUGCAGCGGCGGUGGCGGAGGUGGCGGAUGCGGGGGUGACAGUGAACGUGUCAUCGAGCGCCGCUAAGGUGGAGGUGGGAGGUCUAGAGGAGACAAAAAAGGUGGAGGAAGUGGUGGAGAAGAUGCCUGAAGAUGCCCCGGAGGAGGCUGAGAAGAAAACAGAGGACUCAUAAGGGACAAUCCAUCCGUCCAUUGAUUAUGAUCACACUAAUUCUCCCGUCCAAGGCAAAACCUAGCAACUCCCUUCUAGCUGAUUUUGAGGAAACAAAGGAAAACCAAUCGAUCUUGAUGCUGUCUUACAAAGAUCUACAAAGUCGUCAAACGUAGAGAUGCUUUCUUGAGCUUUCGUUUUCUUGCCGAUUGAGCCAUGGAUUGAAUCUGCUCUCAUGAACGUGUGCCCUUUCUCCAGAUAUUUUAUCACAAUCUCGGGUGGGCCCCGUUCUGCGUUUGCACAUUGGGCAAGAGCCGUGUACAGCGUCCAGUUUUUAUUUUGACCUCCACAGUUAUCUGCCCAAAAGAGUACACAAGGGGAAGAAUCAAGAACAAUACAUUUAAUGAAGGUGCUUGCAACGUCCUGGGCCAAUCUUCCAAAUAUCCCCUCGUGCCAUAAUAUCACAUAAUUAGGUUGACCGUCGGCCCCCAUUCGUGCAAAUGUCUCAUUAAAGACAAUAAGGCGACUGACAAAGAAGCUCCGAUUGGUCCCUCGAGAUACUAGGUUUUUCUGUUGUAUCUACGCGGUUAUGUGGUAGUUGCUAGGUCCUGCCAUGCAAAUUACAAUAUCGCAUACAGUAAUGUAAAGCAUAUCACCUGGGAACUCCCAAAAUAUUAUCAGCUCAGUUUUGAGCAAAAUUGAGUUACUGGGUUUUGCCUUUGGACGGGAGAAUUAUACACACACACACACACACACACACACGCACACACACACACACACACACACACACACACACACACACAUACACUAAUAAUAAUAAGAUGCGGUGAGCUACUAGAGGAUGUUGUACAACCACUACGAACCCAGCUGUGCAGAAAGUCCACUAAACAAGCUUCCUCUACCACUAUAGCCUUAACCUUAUAUGGUCAUGUAACAUCCUGUGAAUGCAAACCCUGACCCCGCCCCCUUCUGUCGCUAUGCACACAAACUCAUUCACACCCUUUAAAGCAGUGUUUUUCAACCUAGGCAGAUUUUUGUCAUAAAAAAAAAUCCAUAGGCACGCCACCAGCAGAAAACGUUAACAACUGUACUUUGUGUUAGCAAGCAAGGCUAUCUACGUUGUUGCUAUCCUUCUUUGUGUGGACAUUGUUGAUUGUUGUGUCACGUACGGAUGUACUUUGUGGACGCCGUAAGUUUUUGCUGUCGUCCAGCAUUCUGUCUGAUUACUUUGUAGCCAGUUCGGUUUGACUUUCGUUUUGCAUAGCGUUUUCCUUUCCCUUUCGUUCAUUUUGGGUUUAAGCAUUAAAUACCUUUUUUACCUUCA